AUGGCUUCCACACUCCCAUCUGAGCACAAAGCCCUCGUCGUUCAGUCUCACGGCACUCUCAACCUCAAAGUCAAAACUAUCCCAACUGCCCAACCAACCAAUGGUGCAGCCACCGUCCGCAUCGAAGCGGCGGGCGUGUUGUCCUACCACCACGACAUCUAUAACGGCGACCGAAACUACAGCUACCCAACCCCUAUGGUCGGCGGGCUCAGCGCCAUUGGCCGCAUCGCUGCUCUUGGUCCCGAUGCCGUAGCUUUGAAAGUGGGACAGCUGAUAUACGUCGACUGUGUGAUCCACGGCCGCGACGAUCCGGACUCCGUCUUUCUGACAGCCAUCCACGAAGGCAUGACAGAAGGAAGUAAGAAAAUGAUGAGGGAUACCUGGCGUGAUGGAUACUGGGCCGAGUACGCCAAGGUCCCGCUAGAGAACUGCAUCCCACUGAAUGAGAACCGAUUGUGCGAGGAGCUGGGUUAUGCGAUUCCCGAUCUCGUCUACAUGAACUGCCUCAUGGUGCCCUUCGGCGGCUUCCGGGACAUCGACCUCAAGCCCGGGGAAACCGUAGUUAUCUCCCCGGCGACGGGAGCUUACGGUGGCGCGGCUGUGAUGGUAGCCAUAGCCAUGGGAUGCCGCGUGGUAGCAUUCGGGCGGAACGAGAUCGAACUCGCUCGAAUUCGGAUGCACGUUCUGGGCUACAAACCCGAGGCAGCAAUCGAGAUUCUGAAGAUGACGGGCGAUGAAAUGGCGGAUGCGGCCUCAAUCAAGGAGUUCGGACAAAUUGAUGCAGUUGUCGACUUCUCUCCUCCGCAAGUUGCGCAGUCGCCACAUGUGCGGUCCGCCGUGUGGGCUCUUCGACGAGGUGGACGCGUGAGCCUCAUGGGUUUCAACGAGAACCCUGUGGCUCCUAUCGUAACAGGUCGUAAUAUUACCUUGAAAGGGAAGCUGAUGUAUGAUCGGGAAGAUAUGGUGCUGUUUGUGAAAAUGCUGGAGGCUGGCUUGUUUCCCAAGGGCCAAGACUUCGUAAAGACUAAGAUGUAUAAGUUGGAGCAGUGGCGCGAAGCGCUUGAAGAGGCCAAGACAUGGAUGGGGAUUAGGAAGUACGUGGUGCUGAUCCCGUGA